CAUUUUCCCUAAUACCCGAAAACCUACAAAUGGGAAAUGACUUACGUCAGAUUUAGCAAGCAAAACUGGUAUAUACUCGUAUAUUAUAUAAACCAUUUAAAUGUGAACUAAUAUAUUUAGCGGAGAAACACAGUAAACUUCCCUCACAGCAGCAGCUGGGUUGCUGGGCGUUAUUAAUUAAUGAUACGUUCUUGUUAACUGGUUCGACAUACUGAAUUUGUGAAAACAAAACAACACUAAGCUUGUUAACUGGUUCGACAUACUGAAUUUGUGAAAACAAAACAAAAAAGAAAAGGAAACGCAGAAAGGAAAGAGGGGAAAACGUUACUCUGGAACUGAGACAAGAGUGGUUCUCUAGCCGGGAGCUGAAUUAUUCUCUCGACAGUUUUACCCAACAAGCAGAAUGUUUCCAUUUCGUCAGUCUGUGGUAAUUUUGCUGAUGGUUACAAAUGUGAUCCUGCUCUCUGUCGUGGUGUAUAAAACAUCACAGCUGUACACGGAACCGCACUCUACCAUCUUCAGUAACUCGGAGAUCUGUCACAAGGUCACGUGUAAACCAGGAGAGGGGUGCUGUGACGUCACUGCAACCAACAAAACCGUCAAUGGUUCUUUGUAUUGCUGUUACGAUGACUACGGGGAACGUAUUCGUAGUAUUAUGCUAAAGCAACUGGAUGAAAAUUAUCAAAGAGAUAUAAAAAAUGAUGACCAUCUCCAGAGGGUGAGGAAAGUUGCUGCUGUUGUAAACGAAGACAAAAGUCAACAGAAACCCGCUGCUCAUCUGCAGAUGGACCCUGAUGCGCGGUAUAACAAAGAUAAACUUAUCUCGACUCUCCGGUGGAAAUCAGAUGGGAAGAGAUCGUUUGUGAAAGACGGACUCACUGUCGUUGAAGAAGGGAUUCGGGUGGAGAAAGAAGGGAACUAUUUCAUCUACAGCAACGUCGUGUUUUACGGUAAACAGACUAAGGAACUCGAUUUCGCCAGACUUUGUCAUUACCUGUACAAACGCGUUCCCACGACAAGAAGGUCUAAAGUCCAACAGCUGUCGUCCAACCCCCAGUCGACGUGUAAAAUCCGACGAGGGAAGCCCGCCUUCGCGCCAUCCUACAUCGGCGCUGUCUACCAUCUGGAGGCCGGGGCCACGGUGAUGGUGAAGACAUCGUCGGUAGAUAGACUUGUCAAACAGCCACAGUCGACGUACUUAGGAAUUUACAUGAUUUAAUAGUCUGAGAGUGACCUGAACCAACAACACUGUUUCCCAAACGGUGUUUCUCAUCUCUGCUCUUCACCGAUUCUGUUGUGUCAUUUAACGUGAGUCGAAGAAGCGGUGCAAUAUUGCACAUAUAUCUAUUCAUGGUGUCUGUCUUGGACGCAUUCCAAGAUGAAGAAAUGAGACGAUAUGCGCCAAGACGACCGUGCUUGAACCUUCAGUGGAUAUAGGCACGUGCCAAAUGAUUGACUGAUUGACACACUGCGCACAAAUGUUGCGUUGAUAAAUGUAUAAAUACAUCGCUUGAAGAUCAAAGAUAACGGUUUUGCCGUUUCGAAUUAUGCAUAUAUCGUCAACAUAUGCCCUAGUAUUAUUUUCAAACAGCAGCAAGAAGAACAUGCGAAUGGUUAUUUGCGACAUACUUUAUUACUGAAAAACCACUGCCGUCCAUUUUUCGUGCAAUAACUUGAAACUAGCUGUUGAAAUAUAUCAGUUCACGUGUAAAUAUGUAGAUAUUCCUUCGUGGUGAAAUAUAUCAGUCCACGUGUAAAUAUGUAGCUAUUCCUUCGUGGUGAAAUAUAUUAGUCCACGUGUAAAUAUGUAGAUAUUCCUUCGUGGUGAAAUGUAACAGUUCACGUGUAAAUAUGUAGAUAUUCCUUCGUGGUGAAAUAUAACAGUUCACGUGUAAAUAUGUAGAUAUUCCUUCGUGGUGAAAUAUAUCAGUCCACGUGUAAAUAUGUAGAUAUUCCUUCGUGGUGAAAUAUAUCAGUCCACGUGUAAAUAUAUAACUAUUCCUUCGUGGUGAAAUAUAACAGUUCACGUGUAAAUAUAUAACUAUUCCUUCGUGGUGAAAUAUAACAGUUCACGUGUAAAUAUGUAGCUAUUCCUUCGUGGUGAAAUCUGUGAUUUGUAUUAAAGCCGGGUUUAUUAGUUUGUUUUUGAGGGCAGGACGUAGCCCAGUGGUAAAACGUCCGCCAGAUUCGUGGAUCGAUCCCUGUUGGUGGACCCAUUGGCCUAUUUCUCAUUCUAGCCAGUGCACCACAACUGGUU